AUGGCUCUGCUGGGGCUGCUCGUGCUGCUGGCCCUGGCCUGGCCCGUGGGGGCCACCUGGGACAGCUGCAGAGGGACCUGCGGGCUGCGGCCCUUGGCUUCUGACCACAGCUCUGACACGCCCCGUGCCGUGAGUGGCACCAGCGGCCAGGCAGGGGCCUGGCGUGGCAUCGCCAGCAUCCAGGUCACCUGGGAGAAUGGCACGUGGCACAUGUGCACAGGUGUCCUCCUCAGCCCCCAGUGGGUCCUCACGGUCGCACACUGCUUCGCCAGGUCCAGGACCUAUUCCACGUGGGACGUGGUGAUGGGGGCCUCAGAUCUGACUCACCCAGGCCCUGAGGCUGCAGUCAGACACAUCAAGAAGCUCCUGAUGCACGAGCACUACGUGCCUGCCACAGCCAGGAAUGACAUUGCCCUGCUGGAGCUGGACCAGCCCGUGGAGUGCAGCGACUACAUCCAGCUGGGCUGUGUGCCCGACGCCUCGCUCAGGGUCUCAGAGCUGAAAUCCUGCUACAUCGCCGGCUGGAACUUUGGCAGAGGCUUGACGCUGCAGGAGGCCAAGGUCCACCUCAUGGACACGGAGCUCUGCAACAGCAGCCGCUGGUACGCGGGGGCCGUUCGUGCUGAUGACCUCUGUGCUGGGUACCCACAUGGUGGCAUCGACACCUGCCAGGGGGACAGCGGGAGUCCCCUCGUCUGCAAGGACAACGGAGCCGACUCCUUCUGGCUGGUGGGCAUGUACAGCUGGGGAAGAGGCUGUGACAGAGCCAGGCACCCCGGGAUCUACACCGACACCCAGUACUUCCACAACUGGAUCCUGCACCACACCGGGCUGAGCCAAGCAGAAAAAGCUGGGGCAGCACCGCAGCCGAAAUGCGGCCCGACUUCCAAGCCGGAGGAGGGCUCCGCUUCUGAGGAGACCCCGACGGGAGAGACGACGACAGUGCCAGAGCCGACGACAGUGGCAGUGCCAGCGCCCACGACAGUGCCGAUACCGGAGCCGACACACGUGCCAGAGCACGAACCGGAGCACAAACCGGAGCAGGAGCAAGAGCAGGAGUCAGAGCAGGAGUCAGAGCUGGAGUCAGAGCAGGAGUCAGAGCUGGAGUCAGAGGAGGAACCGGAGUGGGUGCCCAUGCCGGAGCCAGAGCUGGUGCCGGAGUCGGAACCGGAGCAGGAAAACCCCGCCGAGUCCGAGGAGGAGCCGGUGCCAAUUCCGGAACCGGAACCGGAGCCAGAACCAGAACCAGAAGCGGAACAGGACCAGGACCGGCUCCUGCACAUCUCGGUGCCGUACCGGAGCGUGGUGCAAUUCUGUAACCUGCUCAAGGAUUUCUUGCAGUUCCUGCGGGACCAGCUGGACUGA